GGUGAAGCGAAGACAAAGGCACUCAUUUUCGGAUCGCUCUCUGUUUUGUAGCAAAUCCUUUGGCCCUUCGCUCUUCUCUGCUCCUCUCUCUCUCUCCCCUUCACAUCCUCGACAUGGCGUAAAACCAUGGACGGUCCAAAGCUCGAAGCGGUAGCCAUCAUCAUUUCCUCAGGUCAGCCCAAACCCUUCGCAGCUAUAUAUUCACUGCUACAAACCAAAUCCCACCUCCCCUCCCACCAUCCCCGUCCUUCUCGCUUCUUUUGGACGCCAUAUUUCUCGCUAUUCCAUCCUAAAAUCUGAAGUCAUGGUAGAUGGGCAAAAGCUGGAUCAGAUUUUUGAGUCACAGACGAAGCAUUACGAGCGCAAAAGCUUGGAUUUUGAUACUAGUUCUUCCUGAUUCAGCUUCGUAUAUCUGCUCUGGUUUAGUUCAUGGAAGGGGAGGCGAAGCCGGAACGCUAUUCCCCUGCCUUCCUCUCCAUCGAGGCGGCCAAAUCUAAUCAAGAGGACGGCGAUUGCAAAGGCGGAGGAGCAUCGAUCUGCUUGGACGCCAUUCUGCCCGAUGAUUUACUGGAGAAAGUCCUCUCCUUGUUGCCGAUCGUGAGCAUAAUCCGGUCGAGCUCCGUCUGCAAGCGGUGGCGUGAGGCGGUGCGCUCCGGACGGUGCUCCACGUCGCCGCAGAAGCCCUGGUACUUCAUGUGCACCGGAAGCGACCACCGCGCCGCCGGAUACGCCUACGACCCAAGCCUCCGCAAGUGGUACUGCUUCGACUUCCCCUGCGCCGAGCGGAGCAACUGGUCCAGCUCCUCCUCACGUGGCUUGGUCUGCUUGAUGGACCGCGAGAGCCAAAGCAAGAUCUUUAUUUGCAAUCCGGUCGCCAAGGACCGGAAGCGUCUGCCGGACGCCCCUGGCGGGGAGUCCCCCGACUACAGCGCACUUGCCGUGGCCGUCGAUCGGUGGUCGAACGGCUACAUGGUGGCGGUGGCUAAGUGCAAGCAGGUGCCCCAGGAUUUCUACCAAUGGGACUUCUCGAUCCACAUUUACGAGUCUGAGACUGAAACGUGGGUGACCACCCUCAGGGAAGUGAUCGCAGGGUGGAGAGCAGGGGAUGAGUGUGUGAUCUGUAAUGGAAUUCUGUACUUUCUAAUAUACUCUACAGGUGUUCGAGGAAAUGACGAGCCCAAGCAUUGCCUUGUCAUCUACGACCUUUUGGUGCGGUCUUCGCCCGCUUCGAUCAUGCGAAUGGCCGUGCCGGUUCCUUUUUCCCUCACCUGUGGAAGGUUAAUGAAUCUCCAGGAUAGGCUGGUCAUGGUUGGUGGCAUAGGGAAGCAUGGCAGGCCGGGCAUCAUCAAGGGGAUAGGCAUCUGGGAACUUCACCAGAAGGAAUGGCGCGAAAUUGCAAGAAUGCCCCACAAGUUCUUCCAGGGGUUCGGGGAAUUCGAUGACGUCUUCACUAGUAGCGGCGCCGAUGACCUUAUUUACAUACAAAGCUUCGGAUCGCCGGCGUUGCUAACCUUCGACGUGAGCUUGAAGAUGUGGAAAUGGUCAGUGAAAUCCCCUUUGACUAAGAGGUUUCCUUUGCAGGUGUUCACUGGUUUUUGCUUUGAACCUAGGCUUGAGAUCACUCCCUGAUGCCUUGUUCAUGGUUUUGCUUCAUAUGCCAAAGAAAGUUUGUGUUCUUACCAUUUCGUUCUUCAAUCCAAUGAAAAGAAAUUGAAAAUGCAAUCAGUCAGUUCUAUUGAAGAUGACCAUUUUACAAUUGCUUUCGUGCUAAUUUUUUGGACCAACUUUCCCAGCAAAUCUUUGUUUAUGAUCAAAAUUCAAAUCCUACUGAUGCACUUACAUAAGUUUGUUUCAUCAAAUGCUAGAUGAUAAAACAAUUCUACUGUGCCUGUAAAAUCUUGGCAUGCACUGUCAGGUUUCAGUUUGCUUUAAGCUUUUUAUGUUUA